AUGAACAAUCGCAAUUUUAGGCCCAACGGCACAUACGACGCAAAUCGACGUCUCAUCCUCUCUUAUCUUCCUUCAAACGUCACGGCUCAAGACGGUUUCUUCUACAACGGUUCGAUCGGACAAGAACCGAACCGUGUCUACGCAGUAGGGAUGUGCAUCCCAGGAUCAACUUCAGACGACUGUUCUGAUUGUAUCAAGACUGCUUCUGAUGGUUUGCUACUGAGUUGUCCUAACCAAACAGAAGCCUAUUGGUGGAAAGAUGAUUCCAUUUCCACGCUUUGCCUUGUGCGAUACUCCAACACUUCUUUCUCAGGAACUGAAGAUCUUAACCCGCUUCGAAGGCGCAACAACGCUGAAGAGAUAACCUCAAAUCUAGAAGAGUUCACGAAAAUAUGGGAAGAGUUAGUUGUUCGUAUGAUCAAUGCAACCUCCACAGCAAAAAGCACGCCAUCGUCUAGUAACAACCAUUACACAGCUAAUUCAGAGGCUUUCACACCUGCCCGGACUAUAUAUGCUUUGAUGCAAUGCACGCCGGAUCUUUCCUCUGCUGAUUGUGACAAUUGUCUGCGAGAAAGCGCAGGUGAAUACCAGAGAUGCUGUGGUCAGAGUCAAGGAUUCCGUAUUAUGCGGCCGAGCUGCUUUUUCCGUUUUGAAUUGUAUCCACACUCUAACGCUUUCGGUAGUAUUACGGUGGCUUCUCCUCCUCCGCAGCCUCCUGUGACUGUGCCACAAACUUCAGGUGAUCAGGCAACCACGACCGAAAAUGAUAGCAAAGGAAUAUCACCUGGAAUUGUGGCGGCGAUUACUUUUACAACUGUUGUCAUACUGCUUAUUCUAGGAUUGGUUCUUUUCCGGAGGAGAAAAUCGUUCCAAAGAACUGAGAUUGAAUCUGAUAGUGAUAUUUCCACUGAACAUUCAUCGCAAUACGAUUUUAAGAGAAUUGAAGCCGCAACCAACAAGUUUUCACCGAGCAAGAAGCUCGGACAGGGUGGAUUUGGCGAGGUUUACAAGGGUGAGUUUGCAAAUGGAACUGAAGUAGCUGUGAAGAGACUGUCUAAAAAUUCAGGACAGGGCACAAGAGAGUUCAGGAACGAGGCUGUUCUUGUGUCAAAACUUCAACAUAGGAAUCUGGUCAGGCUUCUUGGAUUCUGUUUGGAAGGAGAAGAAAAGAUUCUCAUCUAUGAGUUUGUUCCCAACAAAAGCCUUGACUAUUUCCUAUUCGAUCCUUCAAAGCAAGGUCAGCUAGAUUGGACUCUACGAUACAAGAUCAUUGGAGGGAUUGCUAGAGGGAUUCUAUAUCUUCAUCAAGAUUCACAGCUCACAAUCAUUCAUCGUGAUCUCAAAGCCAGCAACAUUCUCUUGGAUGCGGAUAUGAACCCGAAAAUUUCAGAUUUUGGAUUGUCGACGAUCUUUGGAAUGGAGCAAACUCGAGGCAAUACCAACAGAAUUGCUGGAACCUAUGCUUACAUGUCUCCUGAGUAUGCAAUGCAUGGUCAAUACUCCAUGAAAUCUGACAUCUACAGCUUCGGAGUCUUAGUUAUUGAGAUUAUAAGCGGCAAGAAAAACAGCGGCGUCUACCAGAUGGAUGAAACUAGUACUGCUGGAAACUUGGUCACUUAUGCUUGGAGGCUUUGGAGAAACGGGACUCCAUUAGAGCUGGUGGAUCCGGCCAUUGGAAGGAAUUAUGAAAGAAAUGAAGUCACUAGAUGCAUCCACAUCGCGCUCUUAUGUAUUCAAGAAAAUCCAGAAGACCGUCCAAUGUUAUCAACUAUCAUCUUAAUGCUCACUAGCAGUACAGUCACUUUACCACUGCCUCGGUUACCAGGGUUUUUCCCACGAAGCAUGCGCCAAGUUGACCCGGUAUCUGAGACACUACAGUCGGAUCAGUCUUGA